CAAAGUGUCUCACUGGUGCUCUGACACACACACACAUGCAGAAAUACACACACACACACACACACGGCUGAGGCACACACACCACUGCAAAAACUCUCCACAGGAAACUCUGAGCCAUAAUGCGAAGGCAUCUCGGAGCAGACGGGUGCAUUGCUCAAACCAAGUGGGAUACGGUGCGACUUUGAUAGUGCGUUAAUUACUCAUGUGAUGUGAUACAGAUGUCUGGGGGGCUUCAGCUGAAAGUUUGCCUGACGGUUUCCGAGGGGGCCAGGCAGACAUUUUAGAAGCGUGAUAUAUACCGGGACAGCGUUUCAAUCAGUGAAAUCAAAGCGCUCGCUGCGUUCCAUGAUGGGCACCGCAGCCAGGCAUAUGUUGGUGCUAAUGGCCUGUAUGGCAGCCAGAGGAAUGUGCCAGAUAAACAGGGCCGAUGCAGAGAAGGAUGAUCACCAUCUCCCGGGCUUCCUCGUCCACUCCACCCUCCAGUCUCCGGCUUUCUACAGCACCGUCAGCCCGAGCGCGGGACCCCGCCGCCACGUGGGACCCAACUCCGACAACGGGACUGUCGCCACGAGGCCGAUGCGCCCUCCGAAAUGCAUCGUAUCUACCUCCAUCAACAGCUAUUUUAAGUACAUCAACACCAUCAUUUCCAUCGCAGUCUUCGUGAUCGGCCUGGUCGGCAACGCCACCCUGCUGAGGAUUAUAUACCAGCACAAGUGUAUGAGGAACGGGCCCAACGCCCUCAUCGCCAGCCUGGCCCUGGGCGACCUCAUCUACAUUUUCAUUGACAUACCCAUCAACGUAUACAAGCUGCUGGCGACACACUGGCCGUUCGAUGACACCACUUUUGGCCUGUGUUUGUGCAAGUUCGUGCCCUUCCUGCAGAAAGCCUCCGUGGGCAUCACCGUGCUCAACCUGUGCGCCCUCAGCGUGGACAGGUACAGGGCUGUAGCAUCCUGGAGCAGAGUGCAGGGAGUGGGCAUCCCUCUCCUGACAGUCAUUGAGAUCGUCUCAAUUUGGGUGCUGUCACUCGUCUUGGCAAUACCGGAGGCCGUCGGUUUCGACAUAGUCACCUUCAACUACGACAACAGGACCAUACGCACUUGCAUGCUCAACCCCAAGAGUGACUUCAUGAUGUUCUACAGAGAUGCAAAGGACUGGUGGCUGUUUGGCUUCUACUUCUGUGUACCGCUGACCUGCACCGCCAUCUUCUACACUCUGAUGACCUGCGAGAUGCUCAACCACAGGAACGGCAGCCUUCGCAUCGCACUCAGCGAGCACCUCAAACAGAGGAGGGAGGUGGCCAAAGCUGUCUUCUGCCUCGUCCUCAUCUUUGCCCUUUGCUGGUUCCCACUGCAUCUGAGCAGAAUUCUCAAGAAGAUGAUUUACUACCAGAAUGAUCAGAUGCGCUGUGAGCUUCUCAAUUUCCUGUUGGUCCUGGACUACCUUAGCAUCAACCUAGCAACAAUCAACUCCUGCAUAAAUCCCAUUAUCCUCUACUUUGUCAGCAAGAAGUUCAAGAACUGCUUCAAGUCGUGUUUGUGCUGCUGGUGUUACUCUGACAACCAGCUGAGCAGCAUCGGGCCCAUGAAUGGCACCAGUAUCCAGUGUAAAAGCCCUGAGCCCAACAACGUCCACACCGACCGCAGCAUCAGGAAGGACAGCAACUGAUCUAUCACCUGAGGAUUUUUUUUUUUUUAAAGCUUUCCACUGUCCCCAACAAGUGUUUAAAACGCAAACCAAUACUCAUCCUAAAAUGUAUACUUAAAAAAAAAACAAAAAACUUCUGAUUAAUACUCUCGGAUCACUGGAGCAGCACAUAAGUGUGGCAGGGAUGGAUUUGGAACUGGAAUCAAAAGAAACAAUGGUGUCCAACGCUCCGAUGUUUCCUGAUCCUUUCAGCGGGCUGGACUUCCGAAGACAAACUUCUGUUCCCACGCCCACGGACAAUGACGGAGAAGCUUGCGAAGUGGGGGGAGAGCAGGAUGAGGAGGAGGACCCUUUAAAAGGAUGCAGCUGAAUGCCGGCUAUAAAUGACUCAAGCUGGAGCCAAGCGUGCUAUUCCUGUAAAGGGCAGCACUACUGGGAAGGAUGCUACAGGAAGGAAAGAGCGGACUGCUCGCUGUCAGAGGGGAUGAUGGGAGACGAGCGCGCGGCGUCCUCAGAGGUCACCGCUGAUGAUGAAAAACAGGAAAGCACGUUACUGGCUCGAGCCAGAAUUAGCGAGGGGUUGUUGUGCAUGUUACUCGUUAUUCAGUAAGCUACUAUUUGAUAUAAUUAGAAGAUGUUUUGAAGUUCGAAUUAGCUUGACUCCCGCUGCUUGCUCUAGGAAAAGGUGGGAAGAUGACGAUGAUUAACAUAAGCACCAUCCACAGCCUCUAAACCUUCUGGAAAUUAAAAAGUUAAAGAUGUCAAAUAGGAAAAUCGGAGGCAUGCUGAAGUAAACAAAAGCACAGAUAACGCAGGUUUUUAAUCCUCCAUUUUCAGAGCAUUCACUUGAUGCAUUGUGAAAAGCCGACAUCACCACUGACCACAAACAAUAGACGAGAUUUUGUUUUUCCUCCUACAACACUGUGAACUUUGCCGUACAUACUUAUCAUGUGACAGUUAUGCUUGUGUAACCCAUGGAGUGAUAAAUAAACACAUGUAUAGUGUCCUCUUUUGUAAACCGCUGUAUUACCGUAACAAGACGUAUUUUACUUGGACCACAUUACAGUUGUAAUGACGUAGACAGACGGUGUUUUUGAGAAAACAGUUAUACGCCAAACUGGAGGAAAAAAAGAAAAGUUUUUUGUUGUUUUUUUUCUUUUCGGUGAUUCAUUUUAUGAGAAGCUGCAUAUUCAUUGCUCUAUGACUGGAAACAGCUGGACUGGCUCUGUCCAAACUUAACAGGAUCCGCCCCCUGUGCAAAAACACAUAAUGCCCGAAGUUACACUUAAGUGUGAAGUACCAAAGAUUGGAGUUGUUCAAAAGCACGUGUGGUGGAGCUAACAAUGGAGGAAUGAAAGAGAAGUGACAAAUUUACCCCUUGAGUCAUUGGCAAUGUAACAACUCUUUCAUGCAGUGAGUAAUUAGUCACAAUAUUUUUCAAAACGUUAAGUUCGGGACUGUUUCUAGGCACGGUGCAGUCACUUCCUGUAGCUUUAGAUGUAACUGACAAGUAACUGUAUAAGGAUGUUUCUCCAAAUUAUAACCUGCUACAGUUUUUACGUGGAAAUUGUACAAAACGACUAUACUGCCUUAUACUAUUUGAUAUGUGAACCUGUGUAAGUUCAAAAAUAUGCUAGCAUUUGUGUGUGUCCGUGUGUGUGUGGGUGUGCUUCCACUUUGUAAGUUGGAGUGUGUGUUUUUUUGUUUUUUUUUGCACACUUGUGUAUAGAAACAAGCGACGUCUGUACAGCAUUACUCUUACCACUACCCAUAAAAUCGUUUCACAGUAAUCACUAGAAAACAGUUUGUUGUCGCUCAUUGAACGCGCCGAAUGACACGCGUUGAUGCUGCUGCUCAUACCAAUAAAUCAGUCUCCACUCUAAA